CAGAAGAAUGUCAGAUAAUUUAUGUGAAGAGUUGAUGGUUGAAAUCUUGACAAGACUACCACCAAAAUCCCUCCUCCGAUUUAGAUCAGUCUCAAAAUCAUUAUGUUCUUGUAUUGAUACUUGUAUUAAUAGCCCUGAUUUCAUCCGCAUGCACACUUGUCGAUCCCCACAAAGGAUCCUGCUGACACACAGAGUUAAACGAACUCUAAAAUACAAACGAUAUCGUAAUGCCGCCUUUUGUACGUUACAUGCAAAAGAGCAAUUGCCAUUGCCAUUGUCAUUGUGUACAACACCAGUCGUUUUACCACGCAGAAAGGCCACUCCUCAUGGUUCAUGUAAUGGAAUUCUUCUACUGUCAGACGCAGUUUAUGGUUGUGGAAAUGGAAAUGGUGUAAUUAGUCUAUGGAACCCUUCAAUCAUGCGCCAACUAACCCUCCCUGAUUGUCCUCUUCGGAGAUGCUCUGGUGGGAUGGCGAUCGGGCUUGGAUUCGACCCAAUCACUGAUGAUAACAAGGUUGUGAGUAUUCCUGCAUAUGGAAAUACAAGAAUUUUAAAAAGUUCAUUUGUAUACGCCAUGAAGACAGGCGCUUGGCAUCCGAUUGAUUCCCCUAUGCCUUUGUAUUUUAAAGUGUUAUCAAGAGCACGUUAUCUCAAUGGGGUAUUGCAUUGGGUGGUCGAACGUUAUUCUACUGAUUCAAAUUACAUAAAACUUGGUUAUAUAAUGACAUUCGAUUUGAGCAGUCAUGUUUUUGGGAUGCUUGAUUUGCCAAAACCCAGUUGGAAAACUCAAGAACUAGCAACCAUCCAAGGUUCUCUGGCUGUGAUUUCUAGUGUUUCUAACGAUAGUUGGAUUUGGGUGAGGGGAGAGGCAAAUGAUUCUUGGUCUGUGGUUUCUAAAUUGAAAACAGAAGAUGGAGCAGAAUUAAGGAAAGUGUUGGAACUGACCAACAAUGGUGAUUUGUUGCUCGAUGUUUUAUUGAAAAAAUUCUAUGUUUACACUCCUAAGACAGGGGCACUAUCAACACUAGCGGACUUCAAUGAUGCUUCUUCCUUGGUUGACAUGGAUGCGUAUGUGGAAACCCUUCAGUUGUUUCACAUAGGGACUGCUUGUGAGAAGGCAACCCCUCUUUUCUUGCAGACUUCUUCUUUCAAAUGA